AUGGCGCUGCCGCAUUGGUUACUUGUGAUGCGACGGUCUCGGGACAACAACAAUUACGACGAAAACAUGUUUGGAAGAAGUUUAGUGGUGGGACUACAGCUUCGUGCUUUAUCCGGAUCUGGAGGUCAUGAAGGAGGAAGCCCGCCACCACCAGCUUUAGGGACAAAUAAAUAUAAGCUCGCCGAUUACAGAUACGGGAGAGAAGAAAUGCUUGCACUUAUUUCUCAUUCCCCUCAGCCUCCUGCGAACUUGGACACAGAGGACGCAUUUUUCAGUAGUAAGCCACGAGAACCUCUAUCAGUCGAGCCCAUCACCGAGGAAGAAGCUACACUUCUUCGAUACGGAGUGAAUAGCGACGCCGUUCGAGCCGCUGCAAGAACCGGCGCUGCGCUUGUCGGAGAAAACACGGGCGGAAACGGCGAAAUACUUGAUGUGCGUGGCGUAUCUGAAAGAGGAAAUCGUGGAAUCGGUCGUGGUGGACGAGGUGGAGCCAGAGGACGUGGAAGUUCAACAACAGGACUCCGAGGCAAUCUCCGCGGAACAUCAACUGAAGAAGAACUAGAACCUGGAAAACGUGGGACUGGCGCAUGGGGAGAUUGGAGCGAUUCACGCUACGGAGGAGGUGGCGCUACGGCUGGAGCAUCACGUGGUUCAAGCACGGCCGUUGAUAAUUGGAGGCAAAGGGAAGGUUUAAAUGACGAGGCUGCUUCUGGUGGAGAUUGGCGACACACCGGGAACCAUUCGAAGUGGGGUGAGCGGGGGCCAAGCUGGAGAGAACGGGGCUUUGACGAAGAGCGGCGAGGAGGUCACACGGGUCGAGGUGGAUGGCGUGGUUCCGGAAAUCGUCCUGCCGCGCGAAGGGAACGAGGAUUUGAUGAUGACGACGAUGGAUACGAGAUCGACGAUGGCGAAGAUCGCGACGGUCCUAGAGAUGCAUCUUCCGAUACUCCAAGAAAUUCAACCGAUCCGCGAGAAUCCUCUCAUUCACCUCCAAGUCGUCCCCGAAAAGAUUCCGAGCUUGUUGAUGACCAUCCGAAUGAAGCCGGCGAUUCUAGGAGGAUCGUGGAUCCCAGUGGAGUUGACGAGCCUACAAGAAAGCAGCAAGAUGGUGAGAACCGACCUAAUGUCAGAAUGGAAACGAACGAUAGUACAAAACGGAGCGAGUCGUCAGCCGAUGCGGAUGCUUCUGGGCGGCAUGAAAUGUCGGUUCGUUUUGGAACGGAUUUUCAGUUGGAAGUCGCUGACCAGAGCAAUACCCGUGACGAAGUGUCGAAAGCCACUGCUUCUUCACAUACGAAUCCAGUUCAUAUUCCUGUCGACCAAAAUGCUCACGGAGGUAACGGUGAUCAUGUCGACGCGUUGUUGUCUCAGCGAUUUCCCCCUGGCAGAGAUAAUAUUUCCACGACUCAUUUCCACGACGCGUCUGGUGAGCCGGAAGUAAGCUCGAUUCUCAACUCAAAUGCUGGGCAGGGGAUGAAGAGUACAUCCGGCUUGUCUCCCGAGUCCAGCAGUUCUCCUACGAUUCCCGUGUCGUGGUUUUAUCGUGAUCCAUCUGGUGUGAUACAAGGCCCUUUCACGCCAUCCGAAAUGAGUGAUUGGUUCUUGCGAGGAUUUUUCAAAGAUGCAUUAUUGCUGAGAAGAAGUUUCGAUGAGCAUUUCAUGAGUCUAGGGCAAAUGAAGGCCAGAUUCGGAUCCAAUCCCUUCAGCCAACAACUUGCUCAACCAACUCCUCCGAAAGACUUGGCUGUGACGGAUCCUGCCAUUGUGUCGCAAGCGUUCCCUCAGGCGUCGCGGCUUCCGCAGACAAUGUUGCCGCCUCUCGCGGGGAAUCCGCCAACGUCCAGUCAAGGAUUGAUGUCCGGUUUAUUUGGCAACAGUAGCUCCCAAAUGUCCGGAUUGCCAUCAUCCCCACUCCGAGCUCCAGGCCAACCUGCACCGCAAACUCGAGGAUCUCCUGGGGAUAUUUUGUCUGCGGGACAUGCUCGGGGCAUGCAGAAUAUGAGCUCUGCGUCAAUUGGAUCAGCCGCUCGACGGCUGAACACAGAUGCUCAGGGGACCCUUAGUCUACCGCAAUACCUUGCCAAUAUGCCGCUCUCGAAAGACGCGGGCAACAGCUGGAAAACUGGCCCUUUAGGUGGAUCUAUGCCUGGAAUAAUGGAUGAUAGAGGGGUCAUGCAACAAGAUGUUGGACAACCCGGCUUGAAUUUCAUGCAAAAUCUGCAACAGUCAUCACACCAGCAAAUGUCACAUCCACAAAAUGUUCAUAUGGGCCUUGGUCCACAGAUCGUACAAAAAUCGUCGACUCCGGUGCAACAGCUCUUGACAAAUAUGUUGGGUCCAAACGCAAAUCAAAUGCAGCCUCAUUCGGUCGGCGUCCCGGGCUUACAGCAUGAUCAGGCCAACCAGCAAACUGACAAUUCUUUGUCAGCAUUAUUGCAGAAACUAAACAUGCAGAAUCCUCAAGGCAAUGUCCAACAGAUACCGUACAUGGAAAUCGACCAGAAAGACCCGCUGAAAAACGUGGGCGCUGGUCAUUUUUCGCUUCCUAUGAUGCAACCGCGAGCUCCUUUGCCGGGCGUGAUUCAUGGAUCACUGCCCAACUCACAUGGUAUGCCGAUCAACAUGCCAAUACCUUCGCAAAAUCAGCAGCCGCACAGUGAUGCGUUUCAAAGUUUGCUACUCCAGAUGAAGCAUCAGCAGGGCCUGUCGCAGACGUUGAUGCAUCAGCUGGUCCUUGAGCGCAGUGCGAAUGUGAUUGUCGACGCGAAGAGCGAAUCGUCACAUUGCCGAUUGAUAUUUCGCAACUCGGGCGACAUGACGGAUCUGUGUCGUACAGAAGAAGAUGUCACGGGCUGGGAAGGUUACGCGGACAAUAGAUCCUCUGAAAGCGAAUCUCGGAAGAGCGAAGAUUCCAGUAGUGACGAUUUUCCAGGAACCUCUCUUCCGUCGCGAAGUGUUUCUGUUGGUGUCCAGACAAGUAAUCAAUUGUUGCUGGAAUAUUUUCAAAAGUUCGCGGAUUUCUUGGCGGCGAAUAGAGCGACUUACAAGUUGCUUUCGCGAACGCAAUCGCAAGGUCCUGAUGAGGCAUCUCUGGCAGAAGAACGGAAAAUGCGAGAAGAAAUCGAGGAAAAAAAGAAGGCCGUUGACGAAGAGAGGAAGAGGUUGGAACAAGAAAGAUUGCAGUGGGAAGAAGAUUGCCGGCGAAAACGGGAGCAGCAACUAGAGGAAGACCGAAAGCGCAAAGAAGAGGAAGAACGAUUGAAAUUGGUGAGGCAAGAAGAAGCCGAGCGCCUGGAGGCUGAACGCCGUCAAAUGGCGUUUCUUCAGCAACAAAGACUGGAGCUUCAGAAAGAGCUUGAGAAGAAGGAGGCUGAGCGUAAAAGACAAGAAGAAGAAGAACGAAUGCAGGCAUUGCUGGAGAAAAAACGCCAGGAGGAAAUUCAAAGGCGGGCGUAUGAAGUUGAAGCUCUCAAGCGAAAACUGGAGCAUGAAGAAAAAGAGCGUCAGCUUCAUGAAGCAGCACGCGCGAAAGCCCAAGCCGCGACGGAAGCAUCGGAAAGACUUCGGCUUUCAGAGAUUCAGCGUCGUGAAGCUGAAGAAGAGCAAGAACGAGAACGUGUUCAAGAUGAUGCGCUGCAAACUGCCAUAUUGAAAAACGCUGUCGGUGGUGUUCCGUGGGGCGGCAAGGGCCCCCAAGUUAGUUCAUCUACAUCCUUUCUUGAAGUACAGGCGCAAGAGGAAAUGGAGCUGAGUCAACGUGCGCCAAGUCCCCCGCAGAAGGUAGCACAAAAUGAAUGGAGCGCAGCUGGUGUGCCCCUCCGCUGGGCAACUCAAGCCCAGGUCCAAGCUCCGGUCGAGCCGAAGUCACUCGCUGAAAUCCAAGCUGAGGAAGAGCAGAAGAUGAAAAUGAUCACGAGAGAAAAGCAACGUGCAGCUGCGAGUGCCGCCGCAGCGCGUGCUCAGAAGGAGAAUGCCGCGUUAGCUCCGACAUCACAGGGUAUUUCAUGGGCUUCAAAAGCUGCUUGCGGUCUACCUGCGGCGACACCCUCGCCGCCGCUCGCCACACCUGUCGCACCUAAACCUGUUACGCAUGCGGCUGCGCCAACUAGCACUUGGUCCAACGCUACGAGUCCGCAUGCCGCCAAGGCUGCGGCGCCGGCGCCAGCGCCAGCAUCCGUCCCUACUGGAAGUUUUUGGAGCACGGUAGCGAAAGGUACUCAAAAGCAACAGCAAGUUGCUCCGCAGGCGAAAGCUAAUCCACCUGGGAGCAAACCAAAGAAUCAGCCUGCAAAAAAGAAUGACGAUCAUAUGAUGAAACUUUUUGAUCAUCCGAGAUCUAAGUCGGACGAUGACUUCACAAAAUGGUGCUACAAAGCUUUGGAAGAACUACAAAUAGGGACUACGAUUGACGUUGCCACGUUCAUAGCAUUUCUGAAAGACGUCGAAUCACCUUUCGAAGUACAGGAUUAUGGCGCCUCGUAUCUUGGUACUGAUAAACCAGCUAAAGAAUUCAUUCGCGAGUUCCUCGAACGGAGAAGCAAAUGGAAAAACUCAAUGAAAUCUGCAAAAGCCCCGGAAGACUCGAUGCUUGGUCCUGCGAAAGCCAUCAACCCAAACUCACAGUCAUCUCAAAGCUCUCAGGUCCAUCACCAUUCGAAUACCGGGAAUCACUCAAGCAUGAGCUCGCAGACUUUAAGUGCGGAUGCCUUUCAUGUUGUCAAGGGUAAAGGAAAGAGCAAAAAGAACAAGAAGAUGCAAAAGGUUGACAACAGCAUCCUGGGAUUCAGCGUUACAGCGGCCUCUGAUCGAGUCAACGUGGGCGACCGAGAGUUCGUCGAUGGAAUGUGAAAGCUGUUGGGUACCUCCAUCUUACCCCGGGCGAUCUACUUUCCCGUUUCUUACUUCUCUUUUUUCUCUCUUCAAUUCCGCGUGAUUCUUUUGUUACGGUCCCGCCUAGAACCCAUUCAUUUUUGUUCGCGAGUAUUUCUGCCUGUUACUCAAAGGAGAGCCCAGCAGUCGUAUAAAUUAGUGUUAUUUGGCUUAAGAUGGUUCGAAAUAAUUUUCAAGAGCCUGCAAAGGUGUGUCAGCGUGUUGAUGUGUGCAGCUGCUGCUGUACUUUUUAGCUAUUGAACCGAUAAGACCUAGGGAACCUUUGUCUCGUGGCGGAAAUCUGCCAGCGGAGACGCGUGAUACGAUUGUGUACUAUCGAUGGAGUUGGGGGUAUUACGGAUUACGUGGUCGAAUCGUGCAGUGUUUCGAGCUCUCUGCUCCGAAUAAUUUGAAUGAAUUUAUUCUGUUGUCAUUACAAGCGUAAUGAAGAUGCCUCCUCCCUCUUACACAAGGCUCGUAUUUUCUCCCGUGUCUAGCAGCUCGGGUAAAUAAGUGCUGAGCGGCUGAAUUCUUAUUCAGGGAACAGUGACGAUAGGGGCGAGGUCCUGUCGGGAUGCGAUUGCGAAAGAUGAAGGCAAAAGAUCUUGAAUCUUUUCAACAUCAAAAGAUGUCAGAUGCAAAUUCGAGAUAUUGCUUCAUUCUGACUGAUGUUGGGAAGGAAAAAAAAAGUUGACUAUUUCAUGA